CGGCCGUGCUCUCCCGCAGGGCGGCAGUCUUGCUCUGUCCGUGUCGAUUCCCCUAUGCUCCUCUAGGCGUUCCGAUCUGCCGCUUGCCUCGCACCCUCGCCGUCGCCAGGCGCCACCGCGCCAGUCGGGAGUCGGCAGCAGGCCGGCGUGCCCAGCCGUGCAGUCCGCUCAGGCCGUCAGCCGCCCUGAUUUGUCAGGAGACCGGAGGCAGAAUGGGUCUCCUCAGCAUCAUCAGAAAAAUCAAGCGCAAGGAAAAGGAGAUGCGGAUUCUCAUGGUUGGCCUGGACAACUCGGGUAAGACGACAAUUGUGCUCAAGAUAAAUGGGGAGGAUACUGGUGUCAUCAGCCCUACUCUUGGUUUUAAUAUCAAGACCAUCCAGUACCAAAAGUACUCGCUGAACAUAUGGGAUGUCGGGGGUCAGAAGACCAUCCGUUCGUAUUGGAGGAACUACUUCGAGCAGACUGACGGUCUAGUUUGGGUGGUCGAUAGUUCUGAUGUUCGAAGGCUUGAUGAUUGCCGUACUGAGCUCCACAAUCUUUUGAAAGAAGAGAGACUGGCUGGAUCAUCGCUACUAGUUUUCGCAAAUAAGCAAGACAUUCAGGGCGCUCUGAAGCCUGACGAAAUUGCCAAGGUUCUGAAUCUUGAAGUGAUGAACAAGGACCGGCACUGGAAGAUCGUUGGCUGCAGCGCCUACACCAGCGACGGCCUGCUCCAGGGCUUCGACUGGCUUGUCCAGGACAUCGCCUCCCGCAUCUAUGUCCUCGACUGAAACAGCAACCAAAGUCUGCCGAUUUAGCCACAUACGCUACUGUUGUUGGUUACACAGCCAUAGGCUUUGGCUCGCUCGUAAUAUGUACUGUAAUCUGAUCAGGUUUGAACCAAACCAU